AUGAGCGAUUUGAUUUCGGCCACUGCGGACAAGUUGAUCAGCACCUCGGAGGCUGAGCUUUGCGAUGAUGGCCACUGUACGGUUCCCGCCGGCAGCACCUGGAUAUUCGAUCAGAGCAUCGAUGUCAAGACGCUGACCAUAUAUGGCACUGUGAAGUGGGACACAGAAAAGGAUGGUCUGGAGCUCCGAACGGGACACAUCCUGGUGGGCGCCGGGGGCUACUUUCAGAUUGGCUCGAGGUCGAUGCCCAUGGAGCAGCGGGCGACGAUCUACAUAAAGAAAGGAUUAGAACAGCACAUGUGGUUUGGCGAUCGAUUCCUGGCGAGCGAGGGGGAGGCCCAUGUGGAGAUCCACGGUCGGCGCCUGGCGCGGACCUGGACCUUGCUGAGCCGGACGGCGGAAAGCGGCACCCGGGAGCUCUUUUUGAAGCACGAUCUUGUGCAGAUGGGAUGGCGCAUCGGUGACCAUAUCGGGGUGGCGACGACGUCUCGGGGUGUAUCUCCCGAGCACCAGAUUCUGGACAUUCGUCCAGCUUCUGAGUGGCGGCUGGCGCUUCACAGCGUGGAAGCGGGUGUGCAGAGAGAGACGCCACCCUCAAACGUGAUUGAUGGGCUGUUGGACACGGAAUGGUCCAGCUGGUGCGUGCCCUACUGCACAGGCACGGAGCACUGGAUCACGGUGCAGCUGCCUGCGGCCAGCCAUGUGUCCCGGGUUAAGCUUUUCUGGAACCCAGAGUACUACGCGCCCGCUUACAAGGUUGAGGUUUGCGGACCGGACUCCUGCGAGGGUGUUGUCGAGGAGGUCUCAGCGGCGGACAUUGAGAUGUUCUGGACUCGCAAGCCGCAGGAAGUGAAGCUGGGACUCAAUGGCACGUACAUCAAGGUGACCGCUGACCCCGAUCGCUUGUCCGAUAGGGAGACUCCAUCCUGGGCGGGUUUGCGGCUCUACGAAAUCGUGGCAUACGGGAAAGAGCAGAACUCAACAGCUCCAGACGUGAUCUACCUGGAUCGACCGCUCGAGGACGAGCACUGGGGUGGAUUCCGCGAGGUGGAGGGGUACUCGCUGGAGAUGGCUGCAGAGGUAGUCAACUUGAACCGUUCCGUGGUGAUCACGGGCGAUCAUGAUGACUUCUUCGUCAGCAAUAAAGGUUUGCACACAAUCAGCGCCCACGGUGGUAUCAUGGAUGUGCGUUACACUCGCAUUGAGUACUGCGGCCAACGGAAUCACAUGGGGAAGUACUGCCUGCAUUUUCAUCACGCUGGGCAGUGUCCGGAGUGCAUCUUCCUGGGCAAUGCAGUCUACCAGUCGGCUCAGAUAGGCAUCACAGUGCAUGGCACACACCGAGCACUCGUGGACAACAACAUAAUGUGGGACGUAUCCUCUGCCGGAAUCUACACGGAGGAUGGCAACGAGAUGUUCAACACGCUAAGCAACAACGUUGUGAUUUGUUCCUGGCACACAAAAUGCUCGACAGCCUGGGCCUCACAACUGGACAACGCAGCUGGGAUCUACAUGAUUGGGAUGACCAACAACGUCAUCCAGAACCGCGUUGCUGGCUUCGAGAAUUGUAUUUGGACCCAUGGCUCCAUCGCCUUGCAGGGCCAGGGCAAGGCUUUGGGCCGGGUGUGUCCGCAGCAUACGCCCUUCGCCACCUUCCGCGGCAACGUUUGCCAUGACAACUCUCGCUUCGGGAUUUAUUUGGACAAUCAGAGGCCGCGCAACAUAGAACGCGACACGACGAAUGGCUUCGUGAUUGACAUGGGCACCUGCAGCGAGUUUACAGAGGAUGGAAGGGAUAAUGGCCUGAAUCCGGCAAAUGUCAUUGAAGAUCAGUUCGACUGGCAUAAUGAAUUUGUGGGACAGUAUUCCAUGGGUGACAUAGCCUUUGUCCGCAUGAUUGGCGUGAACAACGCUCACAACAUGUACUGGAAAGAGUCGAAGAACUUUGCGGAUGGACAAUCGCAUCACAUCCGUGACUCCUUGUUUUUGAGUGAUCCCAACGAUGACACUCUGCUUCGAAUUGCCUUGUUUGCCGGCCCUGCUGGUCCGUUCACCUUUCGCAUUACCAACACCACCUUUGCUGGUGGAAACUUCGGCUGCGGCGCACUGUGCGCUGCACAGCACUGCGGUCGUGUUGGCGCAGGUGGGCCCUGCAACGUCCAGUACCUGCUCUCCGCGGUCAACUUUUCACAGGUCCGGUCGGAGGACCGGAAGAUCGUGUUUGGCACCGGCGCCGAGCCGAUCGGCUACGUGCAGCCCAUCUUUCUGGCCACCGACGACUCCCUCGGGGGAUACAGAUCCAUGGUGAGCCAGCACCUCAACGGCUUUGCCGAUGUUUCGGGCUGCGAGGCCACCAACGGCACGGAGUGGGACGGUGCCGUGGCGUGCCACCUCCACGUGCGACGCCUGAACCUGUGGAGCGCAGACAUGGGUGAAGUCAGGAUCAAAGGCGCCGGGUACUACGUGCAGGAGAACAACAGCACGGUGGUGCAGGGCAUGAACGCAGGGAAGCUUCUCUAUGAGCCGAUGCACGGGGGCUAUGGGGGCAUGGUGCUGUUGGGGGAGAACUACUCUCUGGAAGGAGAAUUCCGCGGAGACGUCGCCACGGAAUUUUCGGACUUGGUGUUGGAGACCACCUUUGGACUGAACGAAGUCAUUAACCUUACUGUUGGCGAUGAGACUUGCCAGGUGUCAGUGAAGGAUGACCGCAGUUGGUUGGGCGUGCAAGGGAAGGACCCCAUAUGCGUGCCGUGGUAUCGGGAGGACUCAUGA